AUGACAUCCAUGGCACGCCACUACUCUCUUUCCAAUCCGCCGCCGGCCGAGGGCGCGCUGGAUGGCCGCGAGACGGCGCACGAGGCGGAGAUACUGGAGGUGCAAGCUCUCCAGGCAGAGCGUGAUGGUGAAUGCGGGCGCGGUAUACUGCUCAUGGAGCGCGCGCUGCAGAUUCGCUGCCACCUGGUGAACCAGCUGCGCGAAAAAUGGGCAAAUGCUGCGUCAGGGACGGGGUUUUCGCCGGGCGCCGCCGCUCAUCGCAUGUCUGUCCUCGCUAAUGUGGAUGCGGUGAGUAAAGAAGAGCUUCUUUUAGAGUAUCAGACCCAAUGCGGUGAGCUCUACGACGCGGCCGAGCGCCUCGUGGUUCGCUGCAACGGGCUCGCUGUCGAGCACUUUAAGCGAGGCGCAUUCUCGGAAGCCAGCCCACUCCUCGAGUACGCGAUGCAGUUAACGGAGGAUGAGGCGUAUCCGCUAUGCGAGGUCGAUGACCGACGGCGGCACUUGCGUGGAGUCACGCUCAACAACCUCGGCUGCAUGGAGCGCCGCCGCGGCCACUUCUCCGAAGCACUACAGUACAUGAAGUCGUCGAUGGAGAUGACUGGUGUCGAGUCACCUGUGGCUUACAUGAACACCAGCGCUAUUCUUAUCCAGCUCCGGCUCAGCGACGAAGCGGUGCGGAUGGCGGAGCGCUCCAUCGAGCUACUUUACCAAACACCUGAGGACCCGUCGCUGCUGGCAGUGGCGCAUCACAACCUGGCGAUGGCACUCGAGCCGGUUGAUCCGGCACGGUGCGUGGAGGAGUAUGCGCUAGCAUACCGGACGGCCUGCUCCACACUGGGCCCGGAGAGCGAGACGAGUCUGUCUAUUCAGCGCAGCUGGAGGCGGUAUGAGGCGACGCGCGUGCCUCCGGCAAUGGGGGCGCUCUUCACGGUCGGUGAUGGCGCCGCUGCAUCUCGGCUGCGUGGGCUCGUUGGUGCCGCGCCAACCAGACAUGCGUACACUGCGCCGCAUCGCUUGCCGGCAACGCUGCCGCGCACACACACCGGCAAAAGCGGCACUGGGUCCCCGAUCGACGUGAUGGAGCUCUUUCCGCACCCUUUUCUGCCCAGCGCGUCCGUCUCGUCCGCGCCGACGAAGACGCCGCGGGAUGUGACGCCGAUCUACCGCCCCGCAGUGGUGCCUCGUCGGCCUCUUGCCCCUGGACCGCCGUCAGGCGUAACGGCAACCUCAUCCAAUCGCAGUCGUGAGCCGCAGCCGCAGCCGCAGCCGCAGCCGCGCCACCAGCAGCAAGAGCAGCACCGGCAGCCACGGCGUCAGUAUGGGACGGAGAAGGCGAUACGUUCCUCGCUACCAGCCUCCCGCACUGCGGUGGCGGCCCCACGGCCGCCACCCGCCAACCGGCCGAACGAGAGUGCGGUGGCCGCCCCGCGGCAGCCACCCGCCAACCGGCCGAACGAGCGUGCGGUGGCAGCCGGCAGCGGCCGCGUCGCCGCUUCAAUGACGCUGUCGCCUCCGGCCUCUCGCCAGAGGCAAGCGACCGCCCAGCGGCGCAACUCGCCUACCACACCAGCGCAAGAGUCGUCACGGCAGUCACCGCCGCGUACAAGCAUCCGUCAGCAACGCUUGCCGGUGCAAAGGAGUACGGCAGAUGCGUCCCUCACGGGUAGCGUGCUACGAAAGCGGGAGAAGAGCACAUCACACUACGCCAAUGACCGGUUCACAACGCAGGCGUCGUCCACCGCGCUGUCGUCUUCCGCUGCGCAGUCACCAGGACGCGGGCCACGUCGCCCCAUCAAGGAGAGCGGCAGCAGCAACUAUUCUCUCUCCCUGCCACUGCCGCGAAGCCUCCCGCCAUUGCAGACCGCCGUCGCUGCAGAGUCGCCUGCGGUGGCGCCGAAUCCGUCGUACUCCCGCUCGUCGCACGACACGAAUGCGAAUGCGCCGCUCCCGCCCACCUCCGCGUCGUUUUCCCUCACGUCGGAUCCGCUGGCGUUUCUGCAGAAUCGACUCGAAAUUCUGCUUCAAGACGAAGAAGAGCUAGAGCACAAGUACGCCCAAGCGACAGUGAUUCAGCGGUACUACCGCGGCCACCUGGCCCAUCGUCAUGUGACCGCACUCCGAGCCACGCGCGCGAGUUAUGCGCGGCUUGCCCAGCUGCGCCGUCAUAUGGCCGCACGCCGAAUUCAGCGAGCGUUUCGGCGCCACCGACGUCACAGCCGCUACCCUCUUGCAGCUGGUCAGCUGGGCCGCUACGCAGCAGCCGGAGGCCGACGCGGUGCUCAGCACCAAGCGGCUACGCAGCUGCAGCGAAUUGCGCGCGGUUGGCUGGCACGGCGUCACUACGCGCAGCUGCGCAAGUACGCAUGUGAGAGUCCAGCAGCUGCGACUCGCAUCCAGCGCUGGAUUCGCGCACUGCAAGCGCGACGCCACUACGCAGCCUUGCUCGCCGCAAAGGCGCAGCAGGAGGCAGUGGCGCUUGAGCAUGAACGUCGUCAGUACGCAGCGACUCGCAUUCAAGGCCAGUGGCUCACCCACAUACAGCGCAGAGCAUGCCAGGCGGGCCUGCGCAACCGUAUGAUGGCCCGUGCCGCCGAGGAUGCCCGAUGCCGCAUGAGGGCGGCUAUCAGUAUCCAGUCGGCAUGGCGAGGGUAUCAGGCGCGCCGGCUCUAUCAAGACAUGUACUGGCGCACCUCCCAGCUGCGUACGGCUCGAGUGGAGUACCAGCAACGCCGUCAGGCUGCUGUGCGACUUCAGGCAUUUGGGCGGAUGCUCAUAGCCAGGCAGCACGCAACGCCGCUGCUCACGGUCGCCCGCUUCCGAGCAGCGGCUGAGAUUCGAACCCGCAGCCACGAAGGGCAGGCCGCUAUUAGGAUUCAGUGUGCCUAUCGCCGCCACGUGGCUCGUCGAGUGUGUGCCGCCAAGCGUGCAGCGCGCAAGAAGCAGAUUAGCCAGGGCCUAAUGCAGGUGCACACCGCAACUGUGCAACGUGCAGGACGAGGCUACAUGGCGCGGAAAGACGUAGGGACAAAGUUGUCAGCGCUGCAGGCUGAGGCAGAGCGGUACGAGCGUCGUCUGCUGGCUUUGAAGCAGAAAGAGCUGGAGGCUGCACGCGCUGUCGCGCUGACGUCUCAGCUCAAUGUUUCCGCACUACGCGAAGGCGAGGGUGAGGAGCGGCGCAUGCUUACCGGGGCGGAGCAGCAGCAGUGGCACGACGUGCUCACGCAGUGCAACGCACUGUUAGCGGCGGCGAAGGAGACUGAGGUAGAGAAAGAGGCUAUGAAGGCCAUUUCGUCACUGGCCUUACAUGACUUUUCCCGCAUCAUCAAGGCGAAGAAGGAGCGAGCCCAUCGCCAAGAGGCGCGUGACGCCUACCUGGACCAGUGCGCGGCAGAGGAUGCCGAGGCGCAUAGGGAGAUGUGCGCGCGCGUGGUAACUGACUUCAUGCGUAGCGCCGCCGCCCGCAGCACCUUGCUUAGAUUAGCCAAGACGAUGAGCUCGUGCAACGACGCUCGUGCGUUGCAGGAGGAGGAUGAUAAGACGCCUGCGGCUGCGACGACGGAUGAAGCAGCCGAGAAGCGUCCGCUCACGGCGGAGCAGAUUGCCGCUGAGCGUGCGGAGCUGGACCGGCUGGAGCACGAGGAGCUGCUGGCUUCUGAAGCCGCGGCAGCCGAGAAGCGCCCGCUCACGGCGGAGCAGAUUGCCGCUGAGCGUGCGGAGCUGGACCGGCUGGAGCACGAGGAGCUGCUGGCUUCUGAAGCCGCGGCAGCCGAGAAGCGCCCGCUCACGGCGGAGCAGAUUGCCGCUGAGCGUGCGGAGCUGGACCGGCUGGAGCACGAGGAGCUGCUGGCUUCUGAAGCCGCGGCAGCCGAGAAGCGCCCGCUCACGGCGGAGCAGAUUGCCGCUGAGCGUGCGGAGCUGGACCGGCUGGAGCGCGAGGUGCUGGGUGAUAGAGAUACCUCAAGUGCGUACGAGGAAGAGGCACCUCCAGCUGCUGGUGAGUCUAUCACUUCUGCAGAUGCAUCUAUUAGUGCCAGUGCUUUGGCAGAUGUGAUGCUGGCUCGUCUAAGGGCCAUCUGGCAGGCCGAGGUGGCGGCAGAAAAACAGCGCCGCCGAAAACAAGAGGAGCUGCAUCGUGCAAUGUUCGAACACAGGCAGCUGCGCAUCGCAGCCGCCGAAGAGGGAGAGGAGCUCGCUCCCUAUCGUAUUAACCGAGUGCGCCUGCAGAUGCCAUUUGCGGCUGCGCCGGAGAAGGCCCUCCCGUCGCCGGCAGAGUCGUCCGCAGCUAUGGGGAACAAGUACUGUCAGGAGCGCGCUGCGCAGGAGCUUGCUGCAGUGCAGUGCAUCGAACGCCACUUCAUUGGCUGGGGUGCCCGAAAGCACCUGAAGGCACUGCUGCGCGUGCUGGAUGAGUAUCUCAGUGCCCUGCAAGACUUUGACCGUCAUGAGAGGCCGGUGCUUACUUACGUGCGGCUUCGCGAAGUACUCACGCGUUAUCCAGAAUUGCGAACGCGUGUUUCGCAGGUGCCCGUUUCAUCCCCCCCUGGAUAUUCCGCCAUUGCAGACGGCAACUCAUCCGCUUCGCCAUCUAUACCACAAACAUCCAGGAAAACUCUGAAAGAUUUUUCCCGCAUCAUCAAGGCGAAGAAGGAGCGAGCCCAUCGCCAAGAGGCGCGUGACGCCUACCUGGACCAGUGCGCGGCAGAGGAUGCCGAGGCGCAUAGGGAGAUGUGCGCGCGCGUGGUAACUGACUUCAUGCGUAGCGCCGCCGCCCGCAGCACCUUGCUUAGAUUAGCCAAGACGAUGAGCUCGUGCAACGACGCUCGUGCGUUGCAGGAGGAGGAUGAUAAGACGCCUGCGGCUGCGACGACGGAUGAAGCAGCCGAGAAGCGUCCGCUCACGGCGGAGCAGAUUGCCGCUGAGCGUGCGGAGCUGGACCGGCUGGAGCACGAGGAGCUGCUGGCUUCUGAAGCCGCGGCAGCCGAGAAGCGCCCGCUCACGGCGGAGCAGAUUGCCGCUGAGCGUGCGGAGCUGGACCGGCUGGAGCACGAGGAGCUGCUGGCUUCUGAAGCCGCGGCAGCCGAGAAGCGCCCGCUCACGGCGGAGCAGAUUGCCGCUGAGCGUGCGGAGCUGGACCGGCUGGAGCACGAGGAGCUGCUGGCUUCUGAAGCCGCGGCAGCCGAGAAGCGCCCGCUCACGGCGGAGCAGAUUGCCGCUGAGCGUGCGGAGCUGGACCGGCUGGAGCACGAGGAGCUGCUGGCUUCUGAAGCCGCGGCAGCCGAGAAGCGCCCGCUCACGGCGGAGCAGAUUGCCGCUGAGCGUGCGGAGCUGGACCGGCUGGAGCACGAGGAGCUGCUGGCUUCUGAAGCCGCGGCAGCCGAGAAGCGCCCGCUCACGGCGGAGCAGAUUGCCGCUGAGCGUGCGGAGCUGGACCGGCUGGAGCACGAGGAGCUGCUGGCUUCUGAAGCCGCGGCAGCCGAGAAGCGCCCGCUCACGGCGGAGCAGAUUGCCGCUGAGCGUGCGGAGCUGGACCGGCUGGAGCACGAGGAGCUGCUGGCUUCUGAAGCCGCGGCAGCCGAGAAGCGCCCGCUCACGGCGGAGCAGAUUGCCGCUGAGCGUGCGGAGCUGGACCGGCUGGAGCGCGAGGAGAGAGAUGCCGAUGCAGAGGAGGGGAAAGCGCCGCGGCCGUUGGCGUCCGAGGAGCUGCUCGCGGACGGUGCAGCGGUUGGCCUUCUUGAACGCCGGGAACAAAUAGGCGGCGAAGAGGGAGCUAGACGUCUCCGGCGACGACUGACGGAACAGCAGGUUAUGGUGGAACGCUUGGCGUUGGACCAGCUGGACUACCUCGAGCAGGUGGCAACGGAGCGCGGAAGGGUGGACCGACUGAGCUGCGUGGAGCACAACGUGUUGAGUGCAGCUGUUCUUCAUGCGCAGAGGGUGCAGGAGGAGCGUUGCAGCGCUGAUACCGCGUACACCUCGACGUCGUCAACGGUGAGGCCAUUCGCGCCACAGCAGCGGGAAGGCCUCACCAGCAGCGAGGCGGGUGGCCGCUUGUGGGUGUUUGCCAAGGCCAUCCGAGACAAAAAGGACCUGCGCCAACGGCAAGCUGCCCGUGAUGCUUACCUGCAAGAGAUGCACAAUGAAAAUGCCAUUGAUGCCGACGAAGAGGAGAAGCAGCAGGAGGAACGCGCAACGACGCCUUCCUCGGGUGGAAGUACGUGGCCGCGGUGCAGCAACGAGAUAAGCGGCGAGGAUAGAGAGGUGGUGGACCAGGAGGCGAUGUGCCAGCUGUACCAUCAAGAGCGCCGAUCCUUUGCCUCCUCGCUUGUAGGCGGCUUUGUCGAUAUCAUCAAGGCGAAGAAGGAGCGAGCCCAUCGCCAAGAGGCGCGUGACGCCUACCUGGACCAGUGCGCGGCAGAGGAUGCCGAGGCGCAUAGGGAGAUGUGCGCGCGCGUGGUAACUGACUUCAUGCGUAGCGCCGCCGCCCGCAGCACCUUGCUUAGAUUAGCCAAGACGAUGAGCUCGUGCAACGACGCUCGUGCGUUGCAGGAGGAGGAUGAUAAGACGCCUGCGGCUGCGACGACGGAUGAUGGCAGCGAUGAGGGUGCGUACGCAACCUCUGCCGAGCUGUGUGAGCACUCCGCUUUGUCUGCGGCUCUCAGAAUCCAAGGUUUCUUCAGGGGCGUGCAGGCAAGGCGUCGACUGCGAGUACUGCAAGAGGGAUACCGUGCCUACCUCGAGGAGGAACUUGCGGUAGAGGAGCUACUGUACUCAGCGGCGGUUACCAUUCAGCGCUUGUACCGCGGCCAUCUGGCACGUCGGCAGGCGGCCAUGGCUAUUGUGCAGCGUGAUCUCUACCUGCUGUCACUCCAGGAAGAGGAUUGGUCAGGUACGGGUUCGAAGUGCGAAGAAGAUGGGAGCGAUGCGCCCUUGCCAGCAUCUUUAUCUGUUUUCGCUUCCUCACCGAAGGGUGUCGCAGGCGGCGGGGCUGAGGGAGCGACGACUUGCUCCUUCACCCCACGCCGCUCUUCUUCGUCGUCCUAUACUGGUCUGCGUGAAAUUGCCAGCACAGCCAUCGUGACGGAGGUGAAUGAGACGGACGAGGCAGGGCUGGAUCAGCUCUUGCAUCGCUCCUGA